AAGACUUGCAAUAGAUAUCUAGCAGAAAUUGUUUUGAAUUCAGAAAUAUUUUUAGACCUCUGGAGAUCUUUGCAAGGUCUGGAGAAAACCUUUUAGAUUUACAUUAGAUUAUGAACCUGACAGAAUAGUCCCCUAGCGAAUGCUGGCCUGAGAGAGGCGUUAGCGUUGUCGUGGAUUCAAAAGUGAUGGAAGGUCGUUCGUAGAUAUAAGUUCCGAAAAUAAGUUUCCUAAAAUAGAUAUCUAGCAUUUAGUGCUUUUUCCUUACAAGGUAAGGUGAUGGAAGGUCGUUCGUAGAUAUAAGUUCCUAAAGUCAAGGCACCGAGUGAACGCAGACGAGCGUUACCUUGUAAGACAAAAACAAUUUCUGCUAGAUAUCUAUUGCAAGUCUAUAGCCAGUAAGAAGACAUGUGACACGAAAAGGUAAAAAUAAUUUAGUUCGCCGCGAAUGCGAAGAACACAAAAUAUAUCUCUCGCGUUCUCGGAAAAUGGCCGUAUGCUGUAAUUUCACAAGAUCACGAAAUUCUUUUGUCUUCUUCUCCAUAUAAAGAUUCGUUUUUUCUUUGAAACAGAUAACAAGCUGUUUCAUCACACAUUGGUAUUAGAAGAGAAAAAGUUGGAAAGAACCCUUGGUGAAGAAAGUUAACUUUACAUGAAUUUUGUACCCUUUGAUAUGCAAAGCGACUAUGACUGAAGCAACUACCAUUCCUAGUGAAUUUUAUACUGCUUGUCGGAAUAAUGAUAUAGAUACAGCACAAUGAUUAAUUGUCACAAUGACCGUAGAUGAUAUUAAUCGAUUUGAACUCACACGACACGGUAGAAGCACGGCAUUGCAUGCCGCAUGUUUUUUUGGUCAUAUCGAAAUUGUUCAGUUAUUAUUGAAAUAUAAAGCGGAUCGAACAUUGCGAAAUGCAUUUGAUUUCACGCCCUAUGACGAAGCUGGUAGACGAGAAAUAAAAUUUUUAUUACGAAAUCCAUUUUCUACUGCUGAUGGUGCUUCUAGCCAUAACCGUUUCGUUCCAGAAACUUGUGAUAUUGAAUGGCUGUCCGUUGGAGACGAAGUGAUUAAAAAGGCUCGUAAAUAUAGAGGAAAAUUGAAAACACUGAGUUUCAAUUUGCCAUAUGGAAUUGAUUCAAUUAUACAUGAUUAUUUGGAAAGUGAUGAACUGAGGAAUUCAGCUGGAAUUGACGAGGUUAAACAACUUUUUCGUCUAACUGCCAAAGAAGAUGAUCCAAGACAUGUUAUACGUGCUUAUACAUUAGAAACAGCUUUUUAUACACGUUUUAAUGAAGAAGUCAAAUUCAUAUAUUCCGUAGUCACUCGAACAUCAAAGGAAGUACUGAACGUUGAACUGAAUGUUUUUACAACUCUAUUCCAGCGUUUCUGGACUACGUACGGACGAAUAGCAGGAAUUAUUGCACAACAUCCAAAAUUAAAUUCAUACACGUAUAUCGCUGAAUGUUAUCGUGGUAUGAAAAUGACUGAUGUUGACAUUUUUAAGUAUACAGUGGGUCAACGUGUUAUGAAUCGUUCGUUUCUAUCCGCAUCAACGAAUGAACAAAUAGCACUUGACUUUGCUUUAAAAACAACAGCAAAUGGUAAUGCUUCUAAUUCGGUUCGUAAAUAUUCAACAAUAUGCAGAUAUAGAAUAAUUAAUUAUCGUACAGCUCUGUUUAUUGGACAACUUUCACAAUAUCCAUAUGAAAGAGAGGUUCUGAUUGCACCAUAUACCGUUUUCGAAGUUGUUAGAAACAAUGGAAAAAUAUUUGAGGGUACAAAUGUACAUGGAAUUGAGAUGGAGCUGAGAGAAUGUGAGCUGGGAAAUUCUGGAUGCCAUGUUAUGUAA